AUGGCCUCUAGUAACUAUCAAUGGACAAACAAAAGAGGUAACUCAAGAAGAACUGCUAGUAUGUAUGAAAUUGAUGCUCUCAACUUGUUAAGUGCUAAAUUAGAAAAUAUGUUUGAUUCUCAUAUGAAUAAAGUUGAGAUGUUAAUAAGAAAGCAAGGGGGAAGUGUUUCAAAUUCUCAUACGUCACUCUCCUUUGCGGCAGAGGAGGCCACUCACAAAGGAGAGCCUGCGCUUAUUUUCCCACAGGCAGCGGUAGAAGCUCUGGCCAGUCCAUAUCGUUUCGCAUUGGUUGGGAAAUUCUUCAGAGGCAGACCGAAGCUGGAGGAGGUGAGGAAGUUCUUUGCGUCACUAGAUUUGCGUGAAAACCCUUCGGUGGGCUUGUUGGACGCACGACACGUGCUGAUUCAAUUGCACAAUGAAGCAGAUUUCCAUCGUGUAUGGUUUAGGAGAACCUGGUAUGUGUAUUCCUUCCCUAUGAGGGUAUUCAAAUGGACCAUGGACUUCCAUGUAGACAGGGAGUUCUCGGUGGUUCCGUUAUGGCUUCAAUUACCAAAACUCCCACUGCACUUUUUCAACAAAGAGGUGCUUUUCCAGAUUGCUGCUAUGGUGGGUAAUCCCUUAUUAGUGGAUGCGGCUACCUUGGCUAUUUCACGGCCAAGUGUGGCACGCGUAUGUGUGGAGGUGGAUCUGUUGCGGCCGACACCGUCGCGGGUUUGGAUUGGAAACAGCAAUCAUGCGGGGUUUUGGCAAGAGCUGGUGGUGGAGAAUCCUCCUAGGUAUUGCUCACAUUGCUUCCGCCAAGGUCACGACGAGGAAACUUGCCAUGAGCUGAAGCCUGAGUUGUGUGGGUCAAGUCACCAUGCUAAGACCGCUGGUACAAGGGAGCUUCGGCUGGCAGAGAUGGAGGAAAAUGAUGUUCAUGAGGGGCCUGCGGAGGGCACUGGGGACCAGCCUUCCUUGUUCCUGCAGAAGGUGGCGGCGGAUCCUGAGGCAAUGGGGAAAGUCACAGGGCCUGCUGAUAGCGGCGUGCUGGUUGCUGGAGGGAGCAGGAGGCUGAGACCCACGGGCAGCCAUUAG